AUGUACUAUUGGUGUUUGAUGUCUCAUAAGAAACGUGGAGAUCACAACAAGCUGGCAAAGACUGUCAAGUGGAUGGAAUUCGAAGUCGGCCGAGUUUAUAUGGAUCAUCUAAUCGCUUCAAAGAAGCUGAACGAGUUUUACUCCCAGAUUCAACUACCUCGUGAAGAUGGGCCAAGGGGAUUGCUGGUUUUGGGUCAAGAAGGAGCAAUGUUACCCCGUUCGAGAAUAGUGAAAGAAGUUGAAAGACGUUUGCGCGGAGGAAAAAAGGAUCCUCAAAAUGAUCGUGCUGUAUUGGCAAGGCCUAGGGGCACCAAUAACGAACUGGAAACUAUACAACAUGCCUCGAAGAGCUCGCCUGGGGGUCAAAAAUUCAUUUCAGAUCACAAACAAUAUUUAAUAGACAAGCUGAACUUCGAGAAAUUUUGGGGGAGAUCUAGCCAAAACCCACACCUACUUAAUUCAUACAAAGGACCUGUAGCCAAUAGUGCUUUAAUCCACAUGUCCUUCCAGCGCUUCGCCGAGAAGAGAAAAUCAGUCACGGCUAGUUUAGAGGGAUCGGAAAGAGAUGUCGCAGCGGGAUCCAAGAAGAAGCCGAGGACUCAAUCGGUUGUGGGCUCCUCAUCAGAGGGUGGUGGGAGUCACUUUCCCGCAGGAUAUGCUGGCCCCACAACUCUCCUUACAGAUGGAACGCAAAGCACACUUUACCGCAAUAAUCCUAUGCUCAAGGACACCCCAACGAGUCAAGAAUCGAGGACAGGUGGUGAGACGGCCGUCAUCGAUCCUACUGGUUUCGGGAGAAACAUCAAAAAAAAGUGGCCAACAUAUUUCUCCUCUUAA